AUAAACUCUUAAAUAUUUCACUAACUUAUGUAAAAUUUUAAUCAAAAUUUGGCUUCUUCAAACAUCUGAUUAACUUAUCGAGUCCUUAAACGUAUCGCCAAUUUGCAAAACACCAAUCGCAAGUGCUAAUGGGCGAGUUCUGCUGAUUCGUACAUCUCUAACUCAUAUGGCUUGCAUCCCUGUUGUAAACUAAACAUAAUUGUUGUUAUUAUUGCCGUUCCUCAAUUGCUGUAAAAUGGAGGAAAACGAGAGCACGUCGGAAGCCCAGAAUAACGUCGCCAACGGAGAUGAUGACGCGACAUACCAGCAUAAAUUGGAACUGCUCCAGACCGAGAUGCGCAAAAUGCAAAACGAGUUUAAUACGCAGCGUGCGAAAAUGAAGGAGCUAUAUAUGCAGAAGGAGGCCGAGCGCAACCAGCUUCAGGAAGAGUUGAAUGAGUUAAAGACUCACCUGAUGGUCGCUGAUCUAAAAUCCGAGAACGAAAUGCAGUUGAAGGAUAUAAAGGCCCAAGAGGAGAUAUCAUCGCUGCAGCAGUUGGUGCAGGACACAAUUGAGGAGUCGGCUAUAUACAAAGCCGAAUUGGAGCGCGUUAAACUAGAGCAGCUGCGCCAGCAACAGCAGCAGCUACAACAGAUGCAGCACCAAGCCACGGCAGAGCCAUCAGGCGGCUUGGCGCCACACGUCCUUAAUCAGGUAAAGAAAACACUCGGAAGUGUCCGAAAGUUGGGCAGCGAUUCCUUGAACAAUAGCUUCCAGUCGGAGAGCGCCGAUGGCAAUGCGCGCGGACCAACCAAGACACAUGUCAAGCAAUACGCAACAGAGGAUGCCGAAAUGAUGCACUCAAUAGUUGAGCAACUGCAGGAGGAAAUGAAAGCCCUAAAGGAAAAGUUACGCGAAACAGACGAGCAGUUGCAGGCAAAGAGUAGUACGUCGGAGCGCAGGGAGGAGUCUACUGAAACAAUCACAGAUGCAUCAAAUGGCUUGCACAAGUCCACAUCAACAGAUUUGGUGUCCGCACAUGCAGCUUGUAUGGACUGCAACUCGGCGAAACAGCUUACGGAUGAGCUGAGUGCGCAGGUGAAACAGCAGCAAAAGCAGCUCGAUGUCACACAGAAGCAACUUGUUGAGUCGCGGGAACAGUUGAGCAAAGAGGCGGCGCUGCGCAACGACUUGGAGAGUCAGUGGCAAGCAAAGCGUGAAGCACAUAAAAGCGAAGUACAAAACCUACGCGAGCAAGUUAAAAAUAACGAGCAACAGCUUUUAGAUAUGCAACAGAAAUUCCUAGAGACCAAGGAUGAGGUCAUGCGACAGUUGCAGCGCGUCACAGACGAGCGGGAGCGGGUUAAUCAGCAGUUAGAAACGCUGCAGGCUGACAACGAUUUUCUUUCCGGUCGCUUCCUGGCAACAUCCGAAGAAAUUGAAAACCAAUAUAUAAAUCUCCCAAAUACCGUGGUCGAGCUACAGGAGCUUAUGCUACGGCAGCAGAGCGAGCUGAUACAGGCGCGCGUUAGCAGCGAAUACGAAAAACAGAAGUGCGUUAGCUCGCUGGAUGAGAUUCAAAUAUUGCGUGCUCAACUCGAGGAGAGCAACAAUGAGCGUCGUGCUUACAAACGCAAAGUUCAAUUAGAUAUUAAGUCGCUGCAAGAUCGUGUUACGGAACACCUGGUGGCGGUCCAGUCGCAUGAGUCAUCAAAAACUCUUUUGGAGCGCAAAGAAGCUGAGCUAAACAAACAGCUAUCCGAGUGCCGAGUUGAGAUUAUCGAGCUUCAGGACGCCAACGAAAAACUAACAAAAACUAAUUCAGACUUUAAGUCUAAGAUAAAAACGCUUCAGGAGGAGUUGUCCACAAUGGAAACGGUACAAAAGGACUUUGUCAAGUUAUCACAAAAACUGCAGAUGACCUUGGAGGAGCUGCGACAUGCUGACACCGAGGUGCGCUGGCAGGAUGACGAUGACGUCAACAAUUGUCCCACGUGCAACGCCGGCUUCACGGUAAUGGUGCGCAAAAUACACUGCCGCCAUUGCGGACACAUCUACUGCGAUAAAUGUCUAACAAAAACGGUGCCAUCGGGCCCACGGAAACGUGUCGCCCGUGUCUGUGAUAUCUGUCACACGUUGCUCACGCCACACACCGCUCCCUACUUUAGUCAUGAGCCGCAGCAGUCAAACUAGUCGGCUCUCAGCCCUGACGGUGCGUCACUAUUAUUACGUCGGCAAAUAUUUAUUGUUUUUUGUAUGUAUGUUUAUGUACUGUGUACUGCAAUUCCUCCUUUUGUUUAUUUGUUUUUGGGGAGUUUGUGUUUCAAUUGUAGUGUCCUUGUCGAAUUAAACCGAGUCAUAUCCAUUCACAAAAGAAAGUCAAGAUUUAUUUUCAGACUAUUUAACUAAUCUAACUCCCUAAUGUGUUAGCUACUUUGUAGAUAAGCUUCCGAAUAUUGAAUUUAGAACGCAAGCUAAGCAAAAAUAUAAAAAUAAAAAACUAUGUACACUUGACGUUCGUGCUACUCAUUACUGUGAGUUACUUGAACCAAGUCCGCCUGCAAAUUGAAAAAUUAUAAUCAUAUUUGUUUUCAGUAUUCCGUAAGGCAGGGUUUCAUGCAACAAGUAUGUCUUUUAUUUAAUAAUCAAAGCAGACAAUUUGGCAAUUUUUGUUAACAAGUAACAACAUCAAAAAUAUAUCAAAUUGUGAUUUCAUAACACUUGUGUAUUCAUGGGGUGGCGAGGAUAUUCUAAUUGUAUGCAUGCACUCACAUAAAUUCGUGUACAUGUUUACUUCAUAUAUUUUAAUAAUAACAAUAUGGGCAUGCCCGUUAAACUCUGUAUGUAUAACUCAGUUAUCUAACAAUAAGUCAACUGUAAAUUGUUAAUAACUAAUACUGCAAUCUCCGCAUUCAACAAAGCAAUAAUUGAAAAGGCUUUUUAUGUAACUAGGAGGAAAAACAAAAAAAAAAAA